UCAAUCACAUUCUCAUCAAAAGACACUGAAUCACGAAUAUCUCUGUCUUCUCUCUCCUGAUAGACUCUUUUCUUUCCUAGGCUCGACCGUCCCUCGAGUCCUUAAUAUUGUACAUUAGUCUUCCCUUUUCCACGAAUUAUUGACGAGUCUCUUACGAAUCACCACACACAAUGGCUCCCGCUGUUGGUAUUGACUUGGGUACCACGUACUCCUGCGUGGGUGUCUACCGUGAUGACCGUAUCGAGAUCAUCGCCAACGACCAGGGUAACCGCACGACCCCAUCGUUCGUGGCCUUCACCGACACCGAGCGUCUGAUCGGUGAUGCCGCUAAGAACCAGGUCGCCAUGAACCCAUCCAACACCGUCUUCGACGCCAAGCGUCUGAUUGGACGUAAGUUCAGCGACCCUGAGGUCCAGGCCGAUAUGAAGCACUUCCCCUUCAAGGUCGUCGACAAGAACGGCAAGCCCGUCGUCGAGGUCGAGUUCAAGGGCGAGACCAAGCAGUUCACCCCCGAGGAGAUCUCCUCCAUGGUCCUGACCAAGAUGCGUGAGACCGCUGAGUCUUACCUCGGUGGUACCGUCAACAACGCUGUCGUCACCGUCCCUGCCUACUUCAACGACUCCCAGCGUCAGGCCACCAAGGACGCCGGUCUCAUUGCCGGUCUGAACGUCCUCCGUAUCAUCAACGAGCCCACGGCCGCCGCCAUUGCCUACGGUCUCGACAAGAAGGCCGAGGGCGAGCGUAACGUCCUGAUCUUCGACCUGGGUGGUGGUACUUUCGAUGUUUCCCUCCUGACCAUCGAGGAGGGUAUCUUCGAGGUCAAGUCCACCGCUGGUGACACUCACCUGGGUGGUGAGGACUUCGACAACCGUCUGGUUAACCACUUCGUUAACGAAUUCAAACGCAAGUUCAAAAAAGACUUGACUACCAAUGCUCGUGCGCUCCGUCGUCUGCGCACUGCUUGCGAGCGUGCCAAGCGUACCCUCUCUUCCUCUGCUCAGACCUCCAUCGAGAUCGACUCUCUCUAUGAGGGUAUUGACUUCUACACCUCCAUCACCCGUGCCCGUUUCGAGGAGCUCUGCCAGGACCUCUUCCGCUCCACCAUGGACCCCGUCGAGCGUGUCCUCCGUGACGCCAAGGUUGACAAGUCCUCCGUCCACGAGAUUGUCCUCGUUGGUGGUUCCACCCGUAUCCCCAAGAUCCAGAAGCUGGUCAGCGACUUCUUCAACAAGGAGCCCAACAAGUCCAUCAACCCCGAUGAGGCUGUCGCCUACGGUGCUGCCGUCCAGGCCGCCAUCCUGUCUGGUGACACUUCCUCCAAGUCCACCAACGAGAUCCUGCUGCUCGAUGUCGCUCCUCUGUCCGUCGGUAUCGAGACCGCUGGUGGUGUCAUGACUCCUCUGAUCAAGCGCAACACCACUAUCCCCACCAAGAAGUCCGAGACCUUCUCCACCUACUCCGACAACCAGCCCGGUGUCCUGAUCCAGGUGUACGAGGGUGAGCGUGCUCGCACCAAGGACAACAACCUGCUCGGUAAGUUCGAGCUGACCGGCAUUCCUCCGGCUCCUCGUGGUGUUCCUCAGAUUGAGGUUACCUUCGAUGUCGACGCCAACGGUAUCAUGAACGUCUCUGCCGUCGAGAAGGGCACUGGUAAGAGCAACAAGAUCACCAUCACCAACGACAAGGGUCGUCUCUCCAAGGAGGACAUUGAGCGCAUGCUCGCCGAGGCUGAGAAGUACAAGGCUGAGGACGAGGCCGAGGCUGGCCGUAUCCAGGCCAAGAACGGUCUGGAGUCCUACGCCUACUCCCUCAAGAACACCCUCAACGAGGGUCAGCUCAACAUCUCCGCCGGCGACAAGGAGAAGCUCCAGGCCGAGAUUGAGAAGACCAUCUCUUGGCUCGACAGCAACCAGACUGCCACCAAGGAGGAGUACGAGUCCACCCAGAAGGAGCUCGAGAGCGUUGCCAACCCCAUCAUCUCCGGUGCCUACGCUGGUGCUGCUGGUGGUGCUGCUCCUGGCGCCGCUGGUGCUUCUUCCACUAAGACUGCCGACGAGGUCGAGCAGCCUGAGGAGCUUGACUAAACGGGUGCACGUGAUGUUUCCGGAAACGGCUAGUUCUCGGAUCUUCUUGAUUCCCUCUUCUUAGUUCAUUUUUCCUUUGUUUCGACAUCUCGUUUGCUUGUUGGUCCUGGGUCGACAAGCGGAUGCUGGCGCUAAUGUCUUUUGCUUUUCUCAUGAUAUGAUGGCUUUGAUUCCUUUUUAAUUCCUGUUUUACGAUUGCAUAGAUUCAUGUUUGCUUCGGGCAUUUCAUGAUAGCAACACACUUAGGGAGGGAAAAGUUCCAGUGUGAUCAAUAAAGAAAGUUCAUAAUUAUCUACUUCUUUUCUAACGAGGCCGUAGAACCGUAGGUAAUUUUCCUAAGUAUU